AUGGGGCGUUCCCUCGACGCUGAGGACCCGUUGACCCUCGCAAUCGCGCCGCCGCCGAAUGAGACCGUCGAGGAGCGCGAGAGGAGAUUGCGAGAUGAGGAGGAGGCACGCAAGGUUAGUGACCGCAUUGACGAGCAGAUCAAGGCCGAAAGAGCGGCUUUGAAGAAGAAGAGGCCAGUCAAAGUGCUGCUUCUUGGUCAGAGCGAGAGCGGCAAAUCCACGACGCUGAAGAAUUUCCGCCUAACGUAUUCCGCUGACGCGUGGGCGGAGGAACGCGCAUCGUGGCGCGCGGUCGUCCAGCUGAAUCUCGUCCGCAAUGUCAACAUGAUCCUCGAUAUGGUCGCCGAGGAGAUGUCGGCUCCAUCCAGGUCUGCUCAACCCGACUCGGACGUCAGCGACGACGAGGACGCAGUGGCGUCUCCAGCUGCAGUCACGGAACCCCCUCUACGAUUUACGAACAGGCAUGCCCUUCUGAGGCUCCAGCUCGCUCCUCUUUCUCGCCUGCAGAAGGACCUCGAAUAUGUCAUUGGCGCAGCUUCGGGUGAGCCCGCGUCGUUGAACAACUUGGAGGGCCCCGUCCUGCCCGUGGGAGCCCGCGGGCGCCAUAAACAGGAAUUCUUUAUCCGUUCACACAAAUCAUGGAACAGUCAGGGUGAGGCCGACUCGACGAUCCCUCGCAAGUAUAAGGAGGCGCAGGCGCGCGAAACCAAGGAGAUUAUCGCGUCCUGUGCAGAGGACAUGAGCGCCAUCUGGGAGGAUCCCAUAGUCCAGGAAAUGCUUGCGCGCCGGAGAAUCAAUAUGGAAGCCACGCCAGGCUUCUUCCUGAACGACCUCGAUCGGAUAGCCGCGCGUGAUUAUCAGCCGUCGGACGAUGACGUCGUACGCGCGCGACUGCGCACACUCGGCGUGCAAGAGUACAACAUCAGAUUUGAGACAGGCCCCGCGGCCGGUUCGGAGUGGUGUCUGUACGACGUCGGCGGCUCUCGUACGCAGCGGCAUGCGUGGUUCCCGUACUUUGACGACUGCGACGCGAUCAUCUUCCUCGCCCCGAUCAACUGCUUUGACGAGCGUCUUACUGAAGAUCGGCACGUGAACCGACUCGAGGACAGCUUUAUGCUCUGGAAGGCGAUUUGCUCAUCGAAGCUCCUCGCGAAGACGCAGAUGGUGCUCUUUCUCAACAAAUGCGACCUCCUCGAGCAGAAGCUGCGAGCCGGCGUCAAGGUUAGCGAGUACGUUCGCAGCUACGGCGACAGAGCGAAUGACGUUCAGACCGUCAGCAAAUACUUCGCGCAGCAUUUCAAGGAGAUAUUCAGGCGCAAUUCGCCCGAGCCGCGGCAGUUCAAGGUGCACAUGACAUCCGUCAUCGACACUCGUGCGACGGCGGUCACACUCGGCAUCGUUGAAGAAGGCAUCCUGCGCGCGUAUCUGGAGCGCGUCGACCUCAUAUGA